AUGUCCGAGUCCGAGAAAUUAUCAGCUCUAUUAAACAAAAGAAUACAGUUCGAAGAUCAGCUUGCAACUGUUCGCUAUAUUGGUCCUGUCCCCCCUACCAAGGGUGACUGGCUGGGAGUUGAGUGGGAUAUUGUCUCGAGGGGAAAACACGAUGGAGUUCAUGAAGGCAUACGUUACUUUACCUGCAGUGUACCCAAUAGUGGCUCUUUUAUUCGUUUCUCUUCAAAAGUUAAUACUGGAAGAAGCUUUUUAUCUGCUCUAACAGAGAGAUACAUAGGAGAUAACGAUGAUGCACCAAAUAAAACAGCAAUAAAUGAAACUCCGUACGAUGCUCAGAAAGAUUUAGAAUCAAUUUAUUGGGCUGGAAAUACAAGGAUCGAAGUAGAAGCUUUGGGUUGGGAAAAAAUCCGACGUAAACAACGUCAUUUAGAUCGUCUCACUGAAGUAGGGUUAUCAUUUGAACAAAUAUCCAACGCAGGCGCACCCGGUGAAAUAGAAACAGUCUGUCCAAAUAUCGUGGAUCUAAAUUUAUCAAAAAACCUACUUUCAGAUUGGAAUACUGUGGCCCAGAUAUGUGCACAGCUAAAAAAGCUUGAGGUUUUACGAUUAAAGCAACUCGAAAUACUGGAGCCUUGCCUAAAAAACCUUCAGAAUCUUCAAGUGGGAUUUAACAAUAUUAAACAUUUACGCGAUGAAACCGCUGCUAAUAGUAAUGAAAAUGAAAACCUCGAAAAAAUUAAGGGAUUCGAUAACUUGAAAGUUCUUAAUCUCGAAUCCAACAUUAUCGAAGAUUGGAGGGAAAUCGAACGUUUGGCACAUUUGAAAAAUUUGGAAAUCCUUUAUUUAAACGGGAAUUUGAUAAAAGAAAUUCACUACAAUGGACAUGAUAAAAUGGAAUUUGCAAGUUUACGGUCUCUGAAUGUGAGUGAUAAUAACAUUGAAAGUUGGCGUAGUGUCGAUGAAUUGAAUAAGUUUCCUGCCUUAAAAGAGCUACGUAUCAAAAGAAAUCCCUUUGUGAAAGAUAUCAAAUCGGAUGAAGCAACUAUCACGGUUAUAGGUCGUAUAAAGGCUUUGACGUUAUUGAAUGGAAGCAUCAUAUCUCCGGGAGACAGAGUUGACGCUGAGCGAUAUUACUUAAGAUUGAUCAUGCGAGAUUUUAAAUCUGCAAUUAAUGAAAUAGAAAAUCAACACCCUAGAUUCAAAGAACUAUGUGAUAUUCAUGGGACACCGGAUCCAGAUGACUCGAGCUUCAGAGCGUCAAGCAGUGUCUUGAAAGAUCGUCUUCUCGCUUUGACAAUCACUUCACGUUCAGCAUUAGAUCAACAACCUAUCAAGAAGAUCUCAAAAAAACUACUAGGAACUAUGACAAUCCGGAACUUAAAAAAUCUAUUACAAAGAUUAUUUGGCAUACCCGUUUCCCACCAAAAGUUAUUUUACCUGACUAAGGUAGAAGCAGCUCCAGGAGAAAACAUGACAUCCGCUAUUGAAAUAAACGAUGAUCUUCGUCAAUUAUCAUAUUAUGAUAUCACAUCUGGCGACGAAAUUGUUAUUAUAUCUGUUUAA